UGACAUCUAUAAAUCUUACGUGAGAAUAAACAUUUUUAAUUUAUACAGUCUAAAUUUUGUACAUUAUGUCUUCAUCAAGUGAUGAACAUUCGGAAUGUUUUGACUAUAAUAAUAUAACUCCAUGGCCGAUGCAACCAUUGGUAUACUAUACAAAUGUGCCGUACCGUGAGAAACCUAAAAGUAGAGAGAAAAAGCGUAACCCAAAUUGCUUUGUCAAAGCUUUCCGAUGGUAUACACAGGAACGCUGUCCGAAAAAGACAGACUCGAUGAGCACAAAUGCACCAGAAAUAAAGGGUUUUGCGAUGUGGUUAGAUCAGAAAUAUCAAGAAUAUAUCCAUGAUGGUGGUGGACAUUCAAAGUACACGUUGAAGAAGACAUCGACGGUGGAAAUUGAAACUAAAUCUAACAACUUUCCGUGCGACUCUUGCGGAGCGAAAAAAUUCAAGAGACCCAAAAGUCCUAGGAAAAGGCACAGAAAGCUCACGAAUAGCAAAGGAAAUGCUUUAAGAUCCAAUAAAAGCUUUGAAAUCUUGCUGCAUCCAAAACAUACGGUGUCUCGAACAGCUUCGGAGUCCUGCCACAGAGUUUAUUCGUGUUGUACAUACAGUCCACUAACACAGAAAGCAAAACGUAAAUCCCAGAGUCUCACCAGCGUUCUACUUGAAAGAGAAGUGUAUCAAAUACCUUACGAUGCAAUUGAUGAUAGAGAUGAGGUGAAGAAAAUCAUUGCUACCAUUGUGGAUCCCAGUCAGCACGGCAAGGAAUUACAAAAUACCCCUAAAAGUUCAAAAGCGAGAAGUGACCAUUCGAAGAAGAAUAUUUCCUGCCAAUGCAUAAACGAAAAUGUCACAUUUGACGUCAGCUGUCAAUGUCCCACAGUCAGAUCUAAAGUCAUAAGUCAAAGCAAAUUGUCAAAACAGGAAAAGGCGGAUCCAAUGAAACUGAAAAAUGAUGGUCAGAGUGAAGUUGGAAAAGCGUCUCCAAAACCAAUACAGCCGUUUAUGUCGAAAAAUGUAUCUUCAUUCACAUAUGGAACUCAGACAUGUGAUAAUCCUAUACAAUUGCCCGCCGCCCAAUACCCAUUGUUCAUGAGGAUAACAUGCCCAGACAGAUUACAAUAAAAAAAAGUCAAUUAAAAAAUAAUACUUUA